ACCAAGCUGGCAGCUCGUCGAUCAAUCAUAAAGUUUUGUUUCAAGGAAAUCACAGAAAACAUUUGAAGUGAAGGUUAAAGGGCAGCUUCUGUUGCCAUCAUGUGGUUUGUUAUCUUGGUUAUUAUUAACAUCAUAUUGCCAUGUGUACUGGGAGAGGAAUCACAGUCAGGUGAUGGCAGCCAUUGGAUGGAUUUCUGGGUUGUUCGACUGCUGUUAAAUCUCUUGGGCUAUGCAACAAUAUUUGUGCCUGGUUACUUGUUGAUGAGAUACUUGAGGAAUAUCAGAUACAAUGAAACAGCUGGAAAUUCCAUGCUUAAUGAAGGUGAAGAAAUUGAGAAAGCUCCUUCUUUUAUGUCCAACCUGAUAAAACAUUGUGUGUUUGGAAAUGAUGAAAAAGUUAGCUUGGAGAGUGCAGAAGAAGGUGGAGAGAGUUCUUCAGGGACCGCAGAAUCUCAAAAUACAGUGAAGAGGGGUUUAACCUUGGUGUUUUGUUUAGUGGGUCUACAGGGGGCUUAUCUGACAUGGGGUGUUCUUCAAGAGAGAAUUAUGACAUUUGAGUAUGGAAAAAGCGAUGGACCAGGUGAAUUCUUCAAAAACUCUCAGUUUUUAGUUUUCAUCAAUAGAAUUCUGGCAUUUAUCAUUGGAAUGACAGUAAUAUUUUUACGAAGACAACCACAUCAUACAACUCCACUAUAUAAUUACUCAUUCAGUUCAUUUUCAAACAUUAUGAGUAGCUGGUGUCAGUAUGAAGCAUUAAAAUUUGUUAGUUUUCCUACACAGAUAUUAGCAAAAGCUUCAAAAGUCAUACCUGUUAUGUUAAUGGGAAAAGUUGUAUCAAAAAGGACAUACCAAUACCAUGAGUAUAUAACUGCUGGUAUGAUAUCAGUUGGUGUAACAUUGUUUUUACUGAAUAGUGGUGACGUGACCAGGCAUAAAGGAAGCGUCACAACAAUAUCUGGAGUUAUACUACUGGCAGGUUAUAUGGGCUUUGACAGUUUUACAUCAAACUGGCAAGGAGAGUUAUUUAAACGUUACAAGGUUUCCUCUAUACAGAUGAUGACAGGAGUCAAUAUGUUUUCCUGUUUACUAACUGGGGUCUCACUAUUAGAACAGGGAGGGUUUUUUGACUCAUUUGCAUUCAUGGCAAGACAUCAUUUAUUUGUUGUCCAUGCAAUUAUUUUAAGUCUAUGUUCAGCCGGUGGGCAGCUAUUUAUAUUUUACACAAUUUCACAGUUUGGAGCUGUGACAUUCACGAUAAUAAUGACUUUAAGACAAGCCUUCGCUAUCUUGUUAUCAUGUGUCAUAUAUGGACAUCCUGUUACAUUAAUAGGGAUGAUAGGUAUAGCAGUUGUGUUUAUCGCCUUAUUUUUACGUAUCUAUGCAAAUCAGAAAAAGAAAUCUCAGAAGCCAAGUGGUUCAAAUACAUCAACUUCAAAGGUCUGAAAAUCCAAUAUAUUACUAUUUGAGUGGAAGCUUUAUAUAGUUUUAAGGUAUAGUCUUUGUAAUGUAAAACUAUUGACACAAAAGUUGUUACAUUUUGAGUCUGUAUUUAUUGAGAAUCUUGAGUGUGUAAUGUUAUACUAUUGAUACAAAAAGUGGUUACAUUUUGAGUUUUUAUUUUUAUGAGAAAUCUUAAGUCUUUGUAAUGUUAAACUAUUGAUACAAAAAAGUGGUUACAUUUUGAGUCUUUAUUUUUAUGAGAAAUCUAAGUCUUUGUAAUGUUAAACUAUUGAUACAAAAAGUGGUUACAUUUUGAGUCUUUAUUUUUAUGAGAAAUCUUAAGUCUUUGUAAUGUUAUACUAUUGAUACAAAAAAGUGGUUAUAUUUUGAGUCUUUUAUUUUUAUGAGAAAUCUUAAGUCUUUGUAAUGUUAAACUAUUGAUACAAAAGAGUGGUUACAUUUUGAGUCUCUUUUUUUUAUGAGAAAUCUUAAGUGUUUGUAAUGUUAAACUAUUGAUACAAAAAAGUGGUUACAUUUUGAGUCUUUAUUUUUAUGAGAAAUCUUAAGUAUAUGUAAUGUUAAACUAUUGAUACAGAAAGUGGUUACAUUUCAAUUCUUUAUUUUUAUGAGAAAUCAGUUGUUACAUUGAAUUGAGAAAUCUGAAGUCUUUAGUUAUGUUAUAGAGUUGAGUUAUUUAUAUAAUUAUUAGAGUUUAGUUAUAUUGUAAAGGGUUGAAAAUACUCUGACGGCAAAUUGCUGCAUUGUUUGUUUCUUCUUUUGUUUUUUUUUUUGUAAUCAUUUGCUCAUAUUCAUAUAUUAAUCCCUAAUCCAAAGUUUUUAUAUUCUUCUACAGAUACACCAUUUGUACUCUUCCUUAUUUGAAAAUAUCAUAAUUCAUGGAAUUUUGCUGUGAUAUUUGAUAAAAGGCAUUCAAAAAGUGUCAGCUUACUGUGAACAUCAAUAAAUAGCUACAAUGUAUAGUAAAACCAUGACGGCAAUGACUUUAUAAUAUUUCUGUGUUCAACAGUGGGAAAUUAAUCAGUUUUUUGUCUCGCCUUGAUGGAGUCAAAAAGCGACACAUAGGUAUGAUGUUUCCAGCGGCGGUGGCAGCUUCAACAAUGUAUUAGUUAGUGAUUAGGUCUGGUUUAUGGUGAACCACUAGUGGUAGGUCAAUGAUAUUUGGCAUGUAUUUGUAUAAGCAUUGGCACAUCUCAUUUCCAUGGAGAUUACUUGACCCUGCCCUCUCAGUCAUGGUCUAAUGACUUUGAAACUUUUGCGUAUUUUACAUGUACUAGUUUGUGAUUAGGUCAGUUUAUGGGGAACCACUAGUGGUAGGUCAAUAAUAUUUUGUAUGCAGUUGUAUAAGCAUUGGCAUAUCUUAUUUCCAUGGAGAUUAUUUGGCCCCACCCCCUCAGUCAUGGUCUAUUUACUUUAAAACUUUUGUAUUAGUUUACAUGUAUUAGUUUGUGAUUAGGUCAGUUGUAGGGGAACCAUUAGUGGUAGGCCAAUGAUGAUUGGUAUGCAGUUGUAUAAGCAUUAGCACAUCUCAUUUCCAUGGAGAAUAUAUGGUCCUUCUCCUUAGUCAUGGUCUAUUGACUUUGAAACUUUUGCUUAGUUUACAUGUAUUAGUUUUUGAUUAGAUCAGUUUAAGAUGAACCACUAAUGUUAAGUCAAUGAUAUUUGGUAUGCAACUGUAUUGGCAUUUGCAAGUCUCAUUUCCAUGGAGAUUAUAUAGCCCCAUCCCCUCAUCAUGGUUCAUUGACUUUGAAACUUUUACAUAGUUUACAAGUUAAUGUUUGUGUUGAGGUUUGUUUUGAAGGGAACAACUUAUGAUAAGUCAAUGGUAUUUGGUAUGCAGUUGUAUGAGCAUUGACACAUCUUAUUUCCAUGAUGAUUGUUUAGCCAUAUCCCUUCAGUCAUGGUUCAUUGGCUUUUGAAUAAUUGCAUAAUUUACAUGUUAAAGAAUUGCUAUUUUAAUUUCUACAUUUGCAUUAUCAAAAUAACAAAAAGGAGAGACAUAUCUCUGUGUUCACAGUUUAUGUUCAGUUUUUAUACGCCCGUUUACGGGACGUAUUAUGGUAUACCUCUGUCCGUCUGUACGGUACGUCCGUCGUCAACAUGUCGGACAUUAACUCAAAAACGCUUUAACCAAUUUGCAUAAAACUUUGGUGAAUUGUUUAUAUCUAUUGAUGUGAGCUCCCUUUCGUUUUUAAUAAAUUUUAGAUUUUACGUUUCCGAGUUAUGCGGUUUUAUUCAUUAAAAAAAGGGGGAUUUUCCAGUUUUGGGACAAUAACUCAAGAAUGCUUUCACCAACUUGCAAGAAAUUGUGGUGAAUUGUUUUUAUUUAUUGACAUGAUCUCCCUUUCGAUUUUUAUAUAUUUUAGAUUUUACGUUUCCGAGUUACAGGGUUUAAUUCAUAAAAAAAGGGGGAUUUUCCAGUUUUCUGACAAAAAAUCGAAAUGCUUUCAGCUGUUCUUAUGAAACUUUGGUGAAUUGUUUAUAUCUAUUGAUGUAAGCACCGUUCAGAAUUUUAUAAAUAUUACAUUUUACAUUUCUGAGUUAUGGGGUUUUAUUCAAUAAAAAAGGGGGGAUUUUCCAGUUUUCGGACAAUAACUCAAAAAUGCUGUCAGCAAUUCUCAUGAAACUUUGGUGAAUUGUUUAUAUCUAUUGAUGUAAGCUCCCUUUACAUUUUCAUAAAUUUCUAAUUUGACAUUGAGAAUUAAUUGAACUUUAAUUGUUUAUAGUCUGACAACAUAUUUACUAAGUAUUGUGCAACAGCACAGUGUAUUGCACAACAGUAAGAAAUCUUUAAUUGAAUAUAAAUUCAAUUCAUAUAACCAAUUUCAAGUUCUUUGACUUCAUUUAUUCAGAAACCUAUAAUAUGUCAAAUAUUUAAUACAAUCCAAAUUCAGACCUGUAUCAAGCUUGAAUAUUGUGUCCAUUUUUGCCCCAACUGUUCAGGGUUAGACCUCUGCAGGCUAAUCCAGCUGCGCUCAGCGAAGCAGUUUAUUAAUCAAUUGUUGAAAUUUCUACAUUCCUUUAUAACAGACUUACAUAUUUAUUAUUAAUUUGUUUGAUGUGGCUAUUAACUUUUGAUAAUUGUGAAUAGAGUAGAUUAACAUUGAUAUUAUUUUGUUUGGUCAUCUAAUUUAAGCCACCAAUGAUUGAUUAUUUGCUGCUGUUCUCUUUUAGAAUGAUUUGAAAUUAUAUGAUGCCAUUGUUAAACUAAUUAGACCAGUAUGAAUGAAUAGAUAUGGACACUUUUUGUCUAUUGUGGUCUGUGAACUUUUUAAAAAAUGUUCAUCUCAAACCUCAAAUGGAUCUGAAAUAUGUUUAGGGCAUUUCCUUAGAGGACCUGGCAACCCAUCACUACUGUUAUAACUUAAUGUUAAAUUUCUGUGAUUCAUUAUUGUACUUUAAUAUCAUGACUGCUAUUAUCCGUCUUUCCAUAGGUUAUUUAGAAAUAUUUCACAAUAUCUAUAAAUUUUCUUUUCUUAAAAAAAAAACAAAAAAGAAAGUUUCAUGAGUAAAUUUCCUUUUGAUUGUGGUAUUUUUCAAUUUGUCAUUAGUGAGUAAAGUGACUUUGAUAUUUAAUUAUUUAACCGUUCUGGAAAUUUUUUCAAAUUUAUUUUGAUGAAUCAAGUUUCUUUAACAAAUUUUUAUGCAUGACAUUUGUCAUUUGUAUGUGAAUUUUUAAAUUGGAGUCAAUAUUUUUCAUGCAACUAUUGUUGAAGGAUGUUCCUGAAUACUAUAAUGAUAAUGAGUCAAAUUGUGAUGGCAGUUGCAUACAUUAGUUUAUAAUACAUGUGUUUAGUGAGUGAAACAGGUUCCUUGAAGCCUCUAGUGGAUCAAUAAUUAGAAUCUUUUUACUUGCAAAUGUGAUGCUAUUGCAUCAUGUUUAAAUCCAUUAUUAUUAUUGUUAUACAUAUUUUAUGAGAUUAUUUAUACUGGAUGAUCUGUUAUUAAUACUGAGGUUUUGAAUUGUAAAUUAUAUAACUGUGGUUGAUUUGAACUAUAGAUUUAAUAUUAAAAUUGGGAAUGAUA